CGCUGUGCGAUCCAAUCUCCCAAAAGUCUGCUCCUCCACACAAAGCCACCGUAACCAUGGAAAAAGUCCUCGAAGAAGCAUCCACUGUGGCCACCUCCGUGCUCGCGUCCAUCCCGCAGCGCUUAGCUCGUGUAAAUGCCCUUCUCGCGUCUGAAUUCCCAGUGAACACUCCGUCGCAAUUGGCUGUGGCAUUCACGCCAUUGGUGUCGGCGAAUGCGACAUCGAACCCGCAGCUGGGCCGUUUGGUGACGUUGGUGCUGGACGAAAUUCACGUUGCUAUCCAUGAGCUACAACGACUGGAGCGUUGGAUCCAGCUGCUCACUCCUCGGGUGGCCGAUGGCAACAACUUUGGGGUGGAAGUGCAAAAAUCCGUUCAACUUCAGAUCAGCGCGAGCCGCACAGCGCUCCAAAAGUCGUGGGACGCCAUGACUGACUACUACUGGCAGCGUGCCACGGCGUACGAGAAGUUUGCUGCAAAGGUCUCGAAGGACAAGAAGAAAUCUGUUUCAACCACCAAAGAAGAAGGGGGCAAAGAUGGCGCCGUGAACAAGACAUCCCAAGUGGAAAGCACCGAUGAAUCGUCCAGUGAAUCCAGCGUGAUCCCAGACCUGCUAGUGUAUGUCGUGGCCGUGGACGUGAAAUGGUACUUCAACCUGCAGAGAACCCUCGAAAGCGUCGCGGACCAUUACGCGUUCACGUUGGAUGCCGUCGAGAAGAACAGCAGCAAGAUCAAGCUGCCCCGAGGUCACGGCGAGCGCGGCAUGAACAUGUUUUGAGCGGCGGAGCGUUCGCCUGACCUCGAUCACGAUCCUUCACACACCAUGCAAUUCAUCCUGCCGCAAUAAUCAAAAAUACAAAUAUCCAUGCAUGGUAAAUCUCCAAAGUAAUACGAUAGUAUUACUACAACAGAUA